CUAAAAUUUGUUGCUCAGAUUCAGCUUCGAUUUUUGUGACGAACUCGUAAAUUGAUAUGAUCAACAGCUCAUCUUCGAAAAAGCAAGGUCAAGAUCAGUCUGAAUUAAGUGGUCCUACACCCAAAUCUCAGCGAUCCAAAAUGGGCAAGUCCGAAGACAACGAUAAGAAGAACUUGGGUAAGAAACUCAAAGAUGUAGAAACAAGCGUUCCAAUAGUGUAUGGAAACAUAGCAUUUUGGCUUGGCAAAAAGGCUAGCGAGUAUCAGUCGCAUAAAUGGACUAUAUAUGUUCGUGGAGCAACCAAUGAGGAUCUUGGGACUAUAGUAAAGCGUGCUGUUUUUCAGUUGCAUUCUAGUUUCAAUAAUCCCACAAGGGUUGUGGAGUCACCGCCUUUUGAGUUGUCAGAGGCAGGAUGGGGUGAAUUUGAAAUUGCCAUCACACUUUAUUUCCACAGCGAUGUUUGUGACAAGCCUUUGAACUUAUAUCAUCACUUGAAGUUGUACCCAGAGGAUGAAAACAGUUCCAUGUCCACAAAGAAGCCUGUUGUUGUGGAAUUUUAUGAUGAGAUAGUAUUCCCUGAUCCUUCCGAGGCUUUUUUAGCUCGUGUGCAAAGUCAUCCAGCCGUGAACUUGCCAAGAUUGCCUGCUGGGCUUACCUUACCUCCUCCCAUACCUGUUGAGGAUGUAAGUAAAAGAAGGAGAGGGGAUACCAAAGAUCAUUCCUUAAGCCAAUGGUUCAUGAAUUUCUCAGAAGCAGAUGAGCUUUUACAGCUUGCAGCAGCUCGUCAGCAGGUUCAAGCUCAUAUUGCUAAACUCAGACGACAGAUAAGUUUGAUAGAUGGACAGCAUCAGCAGUUCAAAUCUUCUUCUGACCAAUAGAUGUACGAUCAGGAUCUUUGGGGUGUAUUUUCUAAUUAGUCAUACAGCAGAGAAUGGGUUGAUUAUAUGCCCUUCAUCACUCAUCAGCUAGUUUUUCUUUCGUUUUAUUAUAAUUUAUUUCAAUUUUGUCUGCGAUGUUGUAAUUGUUUAAGAUAAGUUUGGCUCUGCCAAUAAAUAUAAGCGGCAAAUGUGUAACGAUAUAGUCACUAGAGAUUAACAAAUGUAGUUUUUUUGUUUUAUGUUUAUUAAAGUAUACUUAGCAGUAUAACUAUAAAAUUAAAUAUAUCAUGUUG